AAGAACGGACUUGAAUGGAAUCUUUUACCUCUAACACCAGAGAGACCGCACGCGAAAGGAUUACUACUCUUUGGAAAAUAACAUAUUUGUAUUACAUUUAGACCACAAUGGAAGCAACCAGUGAUACCACAAAAAUCUUGGAGAAGGGUCCUGAAUACCUUCGAAAACAAAUGGAAUUGGAGAGUGAGACAAAAGGAGGCAUGAGUGCUGUGGAGAGGCUAGCUGCAAGCAAAUUGAAAUACGUCAAAAGCGAAAAGGUGGUCAACUCUACUCAGGCACCAGUGAUCAGUAUUGGAUCCGCCUCUGUGAGUAGCACUGGGUCUUCUAAGCGGAGCUCGAACCGUGGUGGGAAUCGUGUCACAGGGAGUAACUCCAGAGAGACUGCAUGUGGUGUACAAAUCACCAGCUCGCCAGGGCAGGUACGUCGGUCCAGCUCCAAAAAACGACCAGACUCUAUUCUGCUCUACAGACAGAAAUGUGAUUUACUGAGAGGGUCAACAUUGGACCGAAAACACCACAUAACACGUAGGUUGCUGCAGAGCUCCGUGCGUACAAAUGUUUUGUUACCUGAGGCCACAGAUAAGGAGUGUGAAGCUAAGGGUGACAAGGAAAAUCACAACACCUGUGGGAACAGUAAAGGAAUGCAGCUCAUAUGCAGAAACCUCUCUAUCCCAGCGGAGGAGGAAUGGACUAGCAGGGCAGCACAGCAAAGAAAACAGUGGGUCUGGGUCAAAGGUGACAGGUGGGGUUCGAAGAAUUCUGCUGGUCUCCUAACGGUUCCUGAGGUUGAAAGGAGGUCUGGCAAAGGGGUCAGCCGUUCUCAUUCUGAUAUCAGCUCCAGGUACUCCAAAAACUUUGCAGACUUUGAUAAUUUUUUCAAGUACUGUGGGCUUGGCAGUGAUAUUAUUGACUCAUUUGGGAAAGAGAACUUCUCUUCACGCUCAGCUGAAAUUCAGAUCAACAUCCGGAGUUUUAGCACCUCUACGUCAGACGAUGGUUUCUCCAGGAACAGCGACGGAUUAAUGGAAGAAGAGUUACAUGAAAAGAUAAGUCAAGGGACGUCAGUUAUUGAGCGCAAUGCAAGGAUCAUCAAAUGGCUGUACAGCUGCAAGAAUGCUAUAGAGACUGGGCAAAAAUUAAGAGACCUCGAUUGAGAUAAAUGCUUAGUAGUUGGUGUGUUGUGUGAAUGUGUGUCCAUUUGUUGUUAUCUUAUAUUUUUAUGCAUAAGGUCAGUGUGUGCCAAUUUCAGCAAAUGCUUCAGGGAGUAAAGAUUUAUCAUGUUUUCUUCUGUUCAAACUUGCAUAGAGCUAGCUGGUACAUUAGUUGCACAGAAAGCCCCACAUGGCACGCAUAUAAACACAAAACUAUAUUCAAUAUGAAAAAAUGGUUUGUAGUUGGUCACAUUCAUGUGUUUAAGGUCAAAGCUAUGGGCUUAUGUGCAAACUAAAAGAUGAAAACAAUGCGACACAAAUCCAGAAGUCUACAUGGAUUUAAAUGUAGCUUCAAUAAAAAACACUGGCUCAAAAUACAAAAACACUCAUCUCCACUGAUACACAUCAUAUUUUUCAUUUCUUAAAUUGAAAUAUAUGAAAAAUAAUUUGGCCUAAAUAAAUCGUUACUUGAUGUUUUGCAUUGGUAAAUACAUAGUCAGUAACCUAACGUGAGUUAAAAGCUGCUAAUGUUCGGUUGUCAGGUUGGAAACAUCCCAUUUAGCUGAUGUUCUCCCUUUCUGUUGUUUUAAAUGACUCUCAGAUGUUGCUAUAACCAUUUAAUCCAUUACUAAAUGCCAAAUAAUGUGUUAAUUGAUGGAUUUUGGUCAAGUAAUCAUCAUUCAAUCACAAUCUGGCAACUCAAUGUUUUUAAAUAACCGUUCUAUAAAACAUUAGUAAUUGGUAUAUUAUCCAUUUAAAAGCAUAUUUAACAUAUAUAAAAGGUCUUCUAAAUGAAGGCUUGGAGAUGGUACUGUUGAAAUGAUGUUCCUCUGCUGGGUCUUUAGGUCACGUGUGCCCUUAAAUCAUAAUUUAUGUAACCUGCUUCUUAAGAUCAUAAUCCAAUGAGUGCACUUACCAUUUCUCUCCCGGUGAAAGAUGUACAUUCCUUCACACACACACACACACACACACACACCACACACACAC